UCUCCGCUUCCAGAAAGUCGUUGAAUACCAAUGACAGUCGAUGUUAGGCAGGGGAGGAGGCAGUGUUUCCGGGAGCGGGCGGGGCUUUCUUGAAAGAGAAAACUCCCCGGAUACUGCCUAGCCUGAGACCGGCUCGGAACUUUCUAGAAAAGUCGUGGUCGCCUUGCGUGUGAGAGAGAAAGAGGCCGGUGAGGGUUGGACUCGUCUGCUGCGGUGAUAGGUUUGUCGAGAAAAUAGCCUCUUUAUUUUCUGCCGCGAGCGAAUGGUAUCAACUGAACCAUGGUGAAGGAGACCACUUACUAUGAUGUGCUUGGGGUAAAGCCUAAUGCCUCCCAAGAGGAGUUGAAGAAAGCUUACAGGAAACUGGCAUUGAAAUAUCACCCUGAUAAGAAUCCUAAUGAGGGCGAGAAGUUCAAACAGAUUUCCCAAGCCUAUGAAGUACUUUCUGAUCCCAAGAAAAGAGAGUUAUAUGAUAAAGGUGGUGAACAAGCUAUAAAAGAGGGUGGUACUGGAAGCAGUUUUGGAUCACCAAUGGAUAUAUUUGAUAUGUUCUUUGGAGGAGGUGGAAGAAUGCAAAGAGAGAGAAGAGGUAAAAAUGUUGUUCAUCAGUUGUCAGUAACUCUAGAAGACUUGUACAAUGGAGCAACACGAAAGCUGGCUUUACAGAAGAAUGUCAUUUGUGACAAAUGUGAAGGCCGAGGAGGCAAGAAAGGUGCAGUGGAAUGCUGCCUUAAUUGCAGAGGAACAGGCAUGCAAAUAAGAAUUCACCAGAUAGGACCUGGAAUGGUUCAGCAAAUCCAGUCUGUGUGUAUGGAAUGUCAGGGCCACGGGGAGCGCAUUAGUCCUAAGGACAGGUGUAAAAGUUGCAAUGGAAGGAAGAUUGUCAGAGAGAAGAAAAUUCUGGAAGUCCAUAUUGAUAAAGGAAUGAAAGAUGGUCAGAAGAUAACUUUUCAUGGUGAAGGUGACCAAGAACCAGGAUUGGAGCCAGGAGAUAUCAUCAUUGUCUUGGAUCAGAAAGACCAUUCUUUGUUUACAAGACGAGGUGAAGACCUGGUCAUGUGCAUGGAUAUCCAACUAGUUGAGGCACUGUGUGGUUUCCAAAAACCAAUUGCUAUGCUGGAUAAUCGAACCAUAAUCAUUACUUCUCAUCCUGGUCAUAUUGUAAAACACGGAGAUAUUAAGUGUGUACUGAAUGAGGGAAUGCCAAUCUAUCGCAGGCCAUAUGAAAAGGGCCGUCUGAUCAUUGAGUUCAAGGUGAUCUUUCCAGAUAGUGGCUUCCUUUCCCCAGAUAAGCUGCGUCUAUUGGAAAAGCUGCUACCUCCAAGGCAAGAAGUGGAAGAAACUGAAGAUAUGGAUCAGGUAGAGUUGGUGGACUUUGACCCAUCUCAGGAAAGAAGACACCAUUACAAUGGGGAAGCCUAUGAAGAUGAUGAGCACCAACCCAGAGGUGGUGUCCAGUGCCAGACAUCUUAAAAUGGCCUCAUGAUUUCCCUUGUGCUGCUUAUUCUGUAUGUCAGUUGUGGAUGAGUGAAGGACUAAGAUUGCUAAACUUUCUCUCAAACUUGCCAUUGUCCCUGUAAUAUUUAAAACAUAGUUGUUUUUAAUUCAAGUUAAUAAAUUUAAAUCAGUAAAAUGCUACUCUUCAAUCAAGUUGGAAUGAUGUUCCUAUUGCCGUAUGGCCUCUUAAGGAAACUAGAAGCCACUUUGCUCUCUUUUUUUAUUUUGUGCAUUGUAAGUGUAUUGUGUGCAAAUGCACUGGCUUAGUAUUCUGUGAUUUGUUUAGUAUUAUAAAUUAUAUUCCUUCUUAAGUAAUGCACAUGUAUUUAUGAUUCAUGUUAAAGAUGUGAAAUUAAAGUUUUGUAUUCAUCUGCUCCUAGAAAACAUUGAUUUGUUUUUGAUGUACUGUGGUUGGUUGCAACUUUACAAGGUAUUGUCCUGCCCUGGAAAGUUGUGGCCCUCCUGCAAAAAAACUUUAGCUUGUAUGCUGGAUAAACAUGCUCUGUUAAUGCUAUAUAGGAUCUUAACAUGGCUUAUGGGUGAAAGGAGUUGAGAAUUCAACCUACAUAGUGCUCACGUGGGAUGAAAACCCAGAAUCCUUAGAUUGUGAAUAGGAAAUACUCAGCACUUUUAAUCAUGCAACUGAGAAGUGCCAUGAUUAGUAGACUAAAGGUAGAAAAUAUACACAACUUUAAAUAAGAAAGCUGCAUCAUUUGAUCUUACUACAUAUUUAUCUUACAGUGAUCCUGUUUUAACAAUAUUCAAAUUCUUAGACUGCAUGAGUAGUUGUAGAAAACCCCUAACACUGUCAAAAUAAUUCAGAUAGUUUUGUGUGCACUUUCUUUAAAAAAGGGCUACUUCCACAAUUAACCAUUUCAAAAUGUUAACUGUCCCUAUAACUUAAUUGCCUACUGAAGGCUUUAUAUUCCAGUUCAUACCUGGGUCUUGAUAACUGGGGCAGGGGCUUAAUAAGAGUCAAACUCAGCUGUGACUCAAAACUCAGGUGACACUUGACUUUUUUCUAACACCUCUUGCGAUAAGCCCAGCACCAUGCUGUACAUAAAGAGCAAGUAGGCUAACUACAGCAGUCUAAUUCCUCAUGUAGUUGUGACACAGAUCUUGUCCAUUUGAGGCUUUGAUCUGACUUUCUAGUCUGUUCUUUGGCAGGGGGUUGAUUAAGUUAUAUGGCAAAUUAUGGUCCUUGUGAUAAGGAUGAGAUAGUGGAAUUGAGUAUGUGACUUCUAAAAAAACCCCGCUUAGAUAUUGUAUUUAAACUGAGUUUCAACCCAUAGGGAGAAUAAAUAAAUACUGUGCUUACUUUUAA